CCAGAUGACAGGGAGGAAUAUACUUAUUCAAAUCAAUGCCUUGAGACAUGCAUUGGAACGAUGGAAUCAUGUAGUGAACCAUUCAAAUUGGGUUGUUACUGUAGGGAAGGUUUUACGAGAUUUGUCAACGGGUCUUGUGUUCCUCAUGAUUGGUGUCCAUGUCCAGGUGAUAAUGAAAUGUUUAAAUCUGUAAAAUCCUGUCAGGAUGAUUGUUCAGCAUCAGGUAGAUGUAGAUCAGAGGAAUGCUUCAAAGGAUGUCACUGUCGCAACGGGUUUGUGAGAGUUGACGGAAGAUGCGUUACAGAAGCUGAGAAUUCCUGCCCGAGGAAUGAACAUUUCAAAUGCGGUAGAAGGUGUGAGGAAGAUUGCAACCUGGGAGAUGUGGAUGAAUGCCGACGCAGAACAUGUGUCGAUGGAUGCUACUGCAACGACGGCUACUUGAGAAUUAAUGGAGUUUGUGUUCAUGUUGAGCAGGCAGAACCGCUCUGCAAUUGCCCUCCAGGACAGAAGUUUACAUGCAAGAGUGAUUGCUUGGAGUCUUGUUACGAAUUUCCAGGCGAUUGCGACGAGAGCGAUUGCCGCUGGGGCUGCCAUUGCCCGAAUGAUGUCCUCAAACGCCAACGAGGUGACUGCAUCAAUGUAAAUCAAUGCGAUUGCAACAGAAAUGAGGAACCACGAAAUGGGAGACUUUGUGAUGAAAGCUGCUCAAUGAGUUCCCGGGAAUGUCGCUUGUCUGGCCAAUCAACAGGACGAAAAUGCUUCUGUGCCUCCGGAUAUUGUCGUGAGAAUCGCGGUGAUCAAUGUCGGAGGAAUUAAGAAUUGAAUUCCUUUUAAGAAAUUACCCCAAUAAAGAACUUAAUCUAAUACAGAACUUAAUCAAAAUAAAAUUUAUUCCAUUCAGGAAUAAAUUUUUGAUAUUUACUAAUUUUUAAUAAUUUCAUUGAACUCUCGUAAACUAAUAAUAAUAAAUUGUCCAAAAGAAGAAAA